CUCCUGACGCCAUUUCCGAGGGGCAGAGAUAUAUAAAUGAGCCGGUUGCUGCAGUGCCCCAUCUGGGAUUUUCAGCCAGGGCACUGGCGCAGACACGCACGCACGGUGCUGGUCUCCCCCCGGCACCUCGCCCGGAGCCCCCACGCCAGGCAGUGUCUCAUCCUCUGACGCUUUCUCCCUCCAUCUAUCCCGCCGGCACCAUGAGCCGCCCAGGACUGCUCGCCGUCCUGCUCCUGGCCGUGCCGGCCAUCUCCCUUCCCGUGACAAACGACAUGAAUAAAGGCGACUCUAAGGUGAUGAAGUGCAUUGUAGAAGUCAUCUCUGAUACUUUAUCGAAGCCAAACCCCCUGCCAAUCAGCGAGGAAUGCCUAGAAACACUCAGAGGAGAUGAACGAAUCAUUUCUAUCCUUCGCCACCAAAAUUUACUGAAGGAACUUCAGGAAAUUGCUGCUCAAGGUGCCAACGAGAGAACUCAGCAGCAGAAGAAAAACAGUGGCUUUGAAGAUGAACUUUCUGAAGUCCUUGAAAGUCAGAACGACAAGAACAAGCAGAGAGAUUCAGCAGGGGAGCACCUUAAAGAGGAGCAGCCCACGGGGUCCCUGGCUGAGCUGGCAGCACAGAAACCCCAGCAAAAUGAAGAUUCACGAGAGGAGGGAAAAAACAGCCUGGAGGAGAGGGAGCCCAGGCCACGGGAUGCCGACCCUGGUGAGAAGGAGUAUCAGGAGCAAGCAGAGAGCAACGAGAUCAGGGAUGCAGAGGAUGCCCAGCGAGAUGAAGGUUUGGACAACCACAUCAGUAAAGACUUCAGUGAGGAUGAACAGCAGCAGCGAGAGGAUGAAGAGGAGCAGCCCAGAGACCCCAGAGACAGCCUGGAGCUUGAGGAUGAGAGAGAACAGCCAUCUAGGAAGGACGAGGAGCAGAGCAGGGAGGCGGCAGGGGAGCAUGGGGAGCGGGAGGAUGACAGAGGAGAUGAUGCUACAGAGGAAGACCCUACUGAAGCAGAGAGGUCACUUGAUCUGGCUGAGGAGGAUGAGGAGGCUGAGGAGGUGCAGAGAGACGACAAUAACGACGAUGCUCUGGGAUUUGGCAAAGAUGAGAGGAGCUCUGAGGAGGAGGAGGAGGAAGAGGAAGAGCGGCCCCGGGCACUGAGAGGAGGACGGCAUCGCCUGGAGGAUGAAGGCAUGCAGGGUGAGGAGGACACCUUCCAGUCCAGGGAUGCCAAAAGUGAGGAGAUGGAGGAGGAGUGGGAAGACUCCAAGAGGUGGAACAAAAUGGAUGAGCUGGCCAAGCAGCUGACAUCAAAGAAGCGCAUGGAGGAAAAUGAUAGUGGGGAAGACCCAGACAGGUCCAUGAAAAUGGCUUUUAGGUCCCGCAAGUAUGACUUCAGUAGUCCAGAGGAACAUGUGAGAAGGUCAUGGAAGCACCACUCUAAAGAGGACAGCAGUGAAGGAGGCUUCCCACUUGCUCCCAUGCCCGAAGAGAAGAAGGAUGAAGAAGGCAGUGCUAACAGGAGAACAGAGGUUGGUGACCAGGAGCUGGAGAGCCUGGCCGCCAUCGAGGCCGAGCUGGAGCGCGUCGCCCACAAGCUGCACGAGCUGCGGCGAGGCUGAGCGCCCGGCCCUGCCCACGCAGGCGGAGGCUGCUGCCUCUGCCCUCCCACCCACCGCAUCUCCAUUUCCUGAUGCAAGAGCAAGCAAGCGGAGCCGAAGCAUCGUGCCCAGGAAACCGCCCUCGCUGCCGCCCGGGCCUGCCUCCCUCGCCAUAGUGUUGUGCCCAUCGCUGCUUCUUCACCUCACGCUCCCCUGUCCACUUGGUGCCCACCCGCCCGGCCGGGCGCCGGUGGGUGCAAAGCGCAACCUACACGUGUAUUUUCUGUCAGGGUGGGGGUUUUCCCUCUGUUUUUUAAGAGACAAGACAGCUUUCUAGAGAGUUUUCCUUCCACUGGUAGUUUCACUGGGUAAAAAAACUGCAAUAACUUGUUAUCUUUUGAUUAAAAGCUGAGAACUCUGACUGUAAUAUAUUCUAUAUAAAAAAUUUAUCUAAGGAAAAAUAAAACUGCUGUGGGUUCCUUC